GUCACGUCCUUGGGGUGUUUAAGGAAAGAGCGGAUGUGGCCCUCAGUGCCACGGUGCAGCUGACACCGGUGUUCCGUCUCAGGUUGGGGACUCAAUGAUCUCAGAGAUCUUUUCCCACGCAAUUGAUCCUGUGAUUCUGGGAUAUCCAUGCUCUGGGCAAGGAAGGGCCUUGCUGCCCAUACCCCAGGUACCUUCCUGGCCAUCCCGAUACUCCAUGGUCACAGCUCCAACUGUUGGAAUUUGCUAUGGGGGGGGCACUGCAGGUGCCUCAUGGAGUUGACUGCUGUAAUUCAUUAGUGCUGUUGAAAUAGUUUCCUAUGAAAAUUAGUUUUGUAGUGUUCUGAGUUUUCCUCCCUCAAGUACAAGACAUUUCCUGCCUCUUUCCCUCCCUGCCUGAAGUUGAAGAUACUCUUCUUCUGCUUGCAAACAUUGCUGCAAUUAAUGUAUUUGUGAGAAACAAGGGAGAUAAAUUGAGCACAAUUUUUGUACACUCUUACUUUCUCUUGGUUCCAUUUUGUUAUACACUUACUCUGUUUUAAGAAGUCUCAUACAAGUACAGAAAAAGUUAUGUGCCUUUAAAAAGACAGAGCAAAAAAUUGGCACUAAUGGUUGCACCUGUAGGGAAGAGAGAUAAGAGCAAAUCAAGAGCUAGAACCGAUAAAAAGCUGCUGUGAAGACUUCUCCAGCCUGGGAAAGGAAGUUCUAAGCUCCCUAGGCUAAAAGUGGAGGUUAGAAGUGAAAGGAAAAAUGGAGCCUUCAGGGUGUGAGCAGAAGAUUGCAAAGGUCUCUCUAGCUGAGCUUCUGAGGUGUUUUGAGCAUCCUUUAAGUGAGGAGCAAGCCUGGGCUAUCUGCUUUCAGUGUUGCAGAAAAAUAGAGCAGUUGGCCCACAGCCCACCACUCUGUUCUGUGUUCAUAAAGGAUUCUGAGAGCAUCUUUAUCCAUGCUGAUGGUACUGCUUCCUUCAAGCUCUACAAGUCUGAUGUCGGCAGCAUUCAGCAGUCAGAGGGCAAGUUGUUGGAGUACUUGGGAGGGGUGAUCUAUGAAGGCCUAGACUGGGGAAUCAACAGCCAAAUGGAGCGAGAACUGAGUGAUCCUUUGGAGAAACUGCUGCGGCUCAUGUUGAAACUGGAUGACAAGGCAACAAAACCACCAGUCACCAUGCAGGAUGUUAUCAAGGCCUGUGAGGAGCACUUGUCCAGGCCUUCUGAGGCUACCAGCCAUUAUGAAAUGACCUGUAAGAAUCUGUUUGCUGAAUAUAUGGAACUACAGAAGCUUAUGACCAUCAUCCAGACCUCCAAAGAAAGACUGAGAAAAAUGGAUGUGGAAGAUUGCGUAGAAAAUCCCAUUAAAAAGAAGAAAACCCAUGGUCCAGCAUCAGCCCUUGCUGUGUGGCCCAGUGUCAUGUGUGAGCUGCAGGCUGGUGUGAGGCUGCACAAGGCUGCCGAGCGACCAUGGCGUGUGUCUUCAAAGGAACGUAUUCGCUCUCCCUAUGAGCUGCUUUUGGAUGACGUUCAGCACAAGAGGUACACCCUGCGUAAGGUGACCAUCAAGCAAAAGCACAGGGCCCCCAGAGCUGAUGUAGCUACUCUCAAGCCUCAUCUAGAGCCGGUUAUGAACAUCCUGUCUUCUGGUCUACAGGAAAACACUCCCAAGCUGCCUGCCAGCACCUGCCUUUCCUCCACCAGGCCAUCAGGAGUAUCCUGCAUCAGCACAGGUCUUGCUGCAAAUUGCACAUUUCCUCCCAUGAGUGCACCCACACCAGGAGACAUUAAGCCUAAGUGUUUCUUGAGCACUGGCCAACAGCAGCUACCUCCUUACAGAGGAAGGUCCAAAUCUUUAGAGAGAGGCCUUCAAAGCAAGGAGCUUGACUGUCCCUUUCCUAUCAAGUGCCCAUCACCAACCAUUGCUGAGCUGAUUGGAACCAGAUAUGCAAUAAUGGUGCUGAAAGGGCAAGGCCUAUUCCAAGGAGGUAGUGAUGGCGACUUUCCAAGAGCAAAGAUCUGUUUCAGCUGCCAUAAGCAGAUGUUUCUUAAGUGGCCUUACAGAUGUUACCUCUGCAGCAGGGUUGUCUGCUGUGACUGCUGCAUUAAGAUGUCCAUGCCCUUCAGAACAUGUGUACAUCUCCCACUUCAAUUCCUAAAAUUUUUGAGACUGUCUGGAGGGGAGGAUCCAGCUACUCAGGAACAGAAGAGCUGCAAGUUGCUACGUGAAAUGGAGCAGCAGCAGUAUUUUGGGCCUCGUCAGAAAUUAUUGGCAUGAAUAAGACAGCCAUAAGACACCAUCUCCUGCCAUGCCCAGCAAUUAUCCAUUCCAGCUACUGCACAGUAGAGGGAAGGAAUACCGAGGACCACUGGCAAACUAAAGCCUCCCCACUCAGUUACUUUUCUUACCCUUCAAAGUCAAGGUUAGAUCUGCAUUACCAUAGUGGCACUGAAGCCCUAGUUGAAGCCUGCUUUGGAUAAUGUUUGCUCAGGUGUAGUAUCUUGGAAGUGAAAUCAUUGCUGCUCCUUUCCCAGAAAAUAUUGUUUGCCACAUUUAAUUAAGUUUCCCCCUCUGUUCACACAGCCUCCCCCACACAGAUCUGAAGUUAGUUUUACAGUUUCCUCUCAGCCCUCUCCUUUGAUCCUAAAGUAGCUGUCACCUCAGUACCUACAGCCCUUUUGUUUCUCACUUUGACCAGCAUAAAAUGUGUUUGCGUGUUAAUGACUUUCUUCUCGGGGCAGCUGAAUCUCUUUACCAGUCAGCUGGGUGCUGGAUGAAAUAAUUCUCUCUGCUGCUUCAAAUAUGUCACACAUCUAUAUUUCCCUGCCCUGUUUUAUGUUCCAUCCCGACUUCAUUAAUAGGAAAUGGUUCUGUUUGAGUUCAUUUUGUUUUGGAAAGUGAAUCCGUUGCCAUGGGAAUGUGAGAGAUUUCCAGAGACAAGGUCCAAGUUUAGUGCAGGAAGGUGCUACGCAGACUUUGCCACCCACAGCCUGCUGCUGCUGUGCUGCAAGAAGCUGUUUCUUUCUUAGAGCCUCCUUAGCACCAGCCAUGCUCAAACCAAUGUGUCUUAAGUUCUGUAGUCUCUGCUCUGGUCAGCUGUGUCUGUGAUCUGCUGUCCCCACCUUAUCUGGCUUCUGUUAGCCAACUUCUCCUAGACCUGAACUAGAACUAACCCUCAGGUCUGCACAUCUGGGAAAAUCCUGCUGCAGUAAUCAGAGCUGUAUUACAGCAACUGAAGCAGGGCAGGAGCAAGCCUUCAACUUAAAGUGAAGAAAGUUUAAAAUAAAUUUUAAAAAAAAAGCAAAAGAAACCCACUUGACAUAAAAAAAAUGACAAAAUAACCCCAUGCUCAAGAUCUAAGUACAAUUAUGAGUAGUACCAUUUUUAGGCUGUUCUGCAACAAAAGUUAUUAAUAAAAUGCUUUGCCACGAGUGUGGCUUCAAUAGCGUGACUUAGAAACCUCAAUCCAACGACAGCCUGUCUGCUGUAGAGCCUAAUAUGGAUGCUGCAUUUGGCCAUGCCACAGCAGGCUAGAUUCAAAGUGCUGGAUUAGUUUGAUUAACCCAAAGUAUAAAGCAAACUGGAUUUUCUCUGGUGUGCUGUCAAGUCAGAGCUGUUCAGCUCUGGUUCUGGGAUGGGACGGAUCAACAGGAUCUGUUUUGUGGGCAUGAUGUAUAAAUAGGGCUAAUGGAGGAGAGGGCUGAUUUGAGGAGGUCUGGAAGAGCAAAUCUGGAAGGGAGGAGUGACAGCAUGUGGAGUGAAGUGCCAGAGCAGAGUUGUGUGCAGUAACACACAGGGACCCCAGUGUGCUCCCCCUUGGCUCCUCAGAAGUAAAACCUUAAGCUGCUGUAAUUGAUGACAGAUGCCGGCUGCUGAACUGGAGCUCUGCUUCAUCUCAAGAGAGGGAAGAGAAGAAGGCACAAAAGAUGUAUGUUAGAGUGGUACACAAAGAACUGUUACAGAUUGCUGUCUCUGAAAUGAACAAAUGUUGUUCUCUAGUGUUUGCUAUAGAUUAGCUUUCAAUUAAAAAAAGAACUCACAUUUGUAGGGA